AUGCGCGCAUCACUCACCUGCAUCUUACUUGCGACGGCCCGCGCCCUGGCGCCGGCGGCGCGCCCCCGGAGGACUCACCCGGCACGACACGGCGCGCCCAAGGACGGCCCGAGCUACGCGGACCUGCCGCGCGACGUCGAGCCCAUCGACACGAGCUUCUUGGAGGAGAAGCCGCCGCCGUCCUGGGGGAGCGAAGGCUGGAACUGGGGGUCCGCGAACGGCGCCGCGCACGACAAGGCCGCCAUCGUCCGCGCACAAUUCGCGAAGCGCCACCGACGAACAAGCUUCAUGGCCUGGGCCAAGUGCGGCACGGUGGACGCCGGCGAUUUAAAAAUGGCCCUCGCUUUAUCGUGCCAGCGCGCGCGCAACUUGGGGUAUGACGAGGACGGCAAGUGGGAGUCGUUGAUGGACGAGAUGGCCGCCGCGCAGUACAUGGACGCGAAGCUCGAGUUUAUUGAUUAUCCGAAGCUUGCCGGUGCCGUGA